CAGCUGCUGGCGCGCUGGGCGCCGCCCACCGAGCGCUCGCGGCUCUACGCCGUCAUCGGCUCGGGCAUCAACGUGGGCAACGUCAUCACGCUGCCCGUCUCCGGUCUGAUCGCCACGCACUGGGGCUGGCCCUCCGCCUUCUACUGCGCCGAUACGCUGGGCUAUAAUCUACGCGGCGCCGGAUUCAUGUCUGCGCUGCCCUUCGUCGCCAAGGGAUGCUUUCAACUCGUAGCAGGCCAUCUAGCCGACUUGCUGGAAGGCAGGAAUCUGCUGCACACUACCACCGUGCGGAAGUUGUAUAUGUGCGGAGGCUUUAUGAUGUUGGUAUUGUGCCUGCUGCUCAGCACUUACCUGACGGAUCCAUCAUCCAUCGUUGCGUGCAUCACAUUUGGCACAGCAUUUAUAGCUUUCGUCUACACAGCAAGCAGCGUCAUCACGUUGCCAGUGUCCGGCCUCCUCGCCACGCACUGGGGCUGGCCCUCCGCCUUCUACUUCGCCGGUGUCCUUUGGUGGUUGCUAUGGUGGACACAAAUUGCAGAUAGCCCUGAGAUUGACAGGCGAGUGAGUCUUACCGAACGUGUAUACAUUAAAGAGAAGAUAGGAACGGCGACUGUUUGCUCCAAGGUAAUUUCACAUCCCUGGCGAAAAAUAUUGACAUCUCCACCGUAUCUGGCAAGAGUAGUUGCUAUGUUUUGCGCUGACUGGGCUUUUUAUACAGUACAAACUGAAAUUCCAAUGUAUUUGGAAGAUACCCUGGGGUAUAAUCUACAGGGUGCUGGAUUCGUGUCUGCGCUGCCCUUCGUCGCCAUGGGAUGCUUUCAACUCGUGGCAGGCUAUCUAGCCGACUUGCUGGAAGGCAGGAAUCUGCUGCACACUACCACCGUGCGGAAGUUGUACGUGUGCGGAGGCUUCAUGAUGUUGGUUUUGUGUCUGCUGCUCAGCACAUAUCUGACGGAUCCAUCAUCCAUCGUUGCGUGCAUCUCCUUUGGAACAGCAUUUACAUCUUUCGUCUACACAGCAAGCAGCGUCAACAUUCUGGACAUGGCUCCUCUCCACGCGAGUGUCCUCGAAGGUCUCAGCAACACCAUCACCAACCUCUCGGGGAUGCUCACCUCGCAGAUCACAGGAUUCAUCGUGCAAACGCAGUUCUUAUACAGUUAACUAAAUCAGCAAUAGGCAGCAUUACCCAACAAGACUGGA